AAGAGCUGCGCCGCGAUGUUGUUGUAAACAUCGGCUGUGGAAAGAUAUUGACUCCAUAUCACAAUAUUCAUCAUGAUUCACCCCUGCAGUGCAGCCACUCCCACAGCAGUUGACCAAUAAAUGCUGUGAUUAUUUUCCUCAACCUUCAUGUCAAGGACACUCAGAUUCCAACAAGCAGGAAUAACUCCAGCUGUAACAACUGAAAUUAGUCUGACACACUGUUGUAGUGAUGGAUGUUAUUAAAGAGAAGAGUGAGGACAUUGGUAAUCCAGAACCAUGCAUAAUGAAUAAAGAAGGAAAUAAGGAAGAAAGAGUGAAAGAGGAAAGUCAAGAACUGAAUGAAGUGGAGGACGGACAUCGGUAUCAGAAACCUCUUGAUUUCACUACUGGAGAAAAAUUGUAUAGUUGCAAUUUCUCACAAAGAAGUUUGGAAGGAACAAAGGCCAAAAAUUGUCACCACUGCCCUCAAUGUGGAAGGAGUUUCACACGUAGCAUAAACCUUAAGAAUCACAUCACAAUUCACUCUGGAGAGAAGCCUUUUACAUGCCUUCAAUGUGGAAAGAGUUUCAGGCAAAAGAGAUGCCUUAAGGAUCACAGACGAAUUCACGAUGGAGAGAGCUCUUUCGCAUGUCUUCAGUGUGGAAAGAGUUUUUUUCAACAUGGAAGCCUUAUAAGACACCUAAGAGCUCACUCUGGAGAGAGGCCUUUCACAUGCCUUCAUUGUAGAAAGAGUUUUACAAGAAAUGAACACCUGAAGGAUCACAUGAGAAUUCACUCUGGAGAGAGGCCUUUCACAUGCCCUCAGUGUGGGCUGAGUUUCAUACAUCAAAGUGCACUAAACAGUCAUAUGAAAAUUCAUUCAGGAGAGAAAAUACACCAUUGUUCUCAGUGUGGCAAGAGUUUCACUCGGGCGUCACAUCUCAAAGUUCAUCUGCGCUAUCACGCUGGAGAAAAGCCAUUUAACUGUGAUCAGUGUAGUCAAACUUUUAUGUUUGCAUCUGAACUAAAAAGACACCUGACAAUUCAUGCAAAUGAAAAGCCGUACUUGUGUUCUGUUUGUGGAAAGAGUUUUUCUCAGCUGGCCUACUUUAAAGAGCACCAGAAGAUACAUCUCAGCGUGAAAGCUCAUGUGUGCUCAGAGUGUGGUAAAGCUUUUCUUCGAGUUAGCUCUUUGAAACUGCACCAAAGAACCCAUACUGGAGAAAAACGUUACAUGUGCUCACAUUGUGGAAAGAGUUUCACUGCUUUAGGAACCCUGAAAACCCAUGAGAGAGUUCAUACUGGAGAGAAGCCAUACCACUGCCUGCCAUGUGGGAAGAGUUUUGCUACUUUAGGAACCCUGAAAAUACAUGAAAGAUUGCAUAGUGGAGAGAGGCCGUACCACUGCACUUUAUGUGAGAUGAGUUUCAGCACAUCGGGUACUCUACUGAGACAUUUAAAGAAGCAUUGCCCAAAGUUGUCACUACAAACUUUUUCUUGAGAAUCUCAUCAACUUUGUAUAUAAGAUUGUAGGUUUGUUACGAUACCAACAUUUCAGUAGUGGUUACUCAUACUGGAGAAAUUUCACGGUUCUCGAUGCCAGUUUCGAUACCACAGCAAAAAUAUGCUAAUGUGGUAAUGUGUUAUUUAACACACUCCUUUAGCCUAUUUAAAGUUACAUUUUAAUGUAAAUAAUGAAUGAAAAGAUAUGGAUUGUUUCCUUCAAGUGUUUCUCGAUUAAGGAUGCAUUGCUAUGUGUUUUUAAAUACGGCCAAAAUUACCUGUUAUAAAGUUUAAUUUAUUUUCAUAAUUAAAAUGGUGUCUAAUUAAAUUAAUUUGUAAAACUUUUAACAAGUGAAAAUAGAACAAUUACUUUGCAACAUAUCAUUGCAUUUUUUAACAAAGUUUUAUUCAGUACAACAGCACACUUCCGUGUGUUAUAUUGCUUUUUAUUAUUAUUUUUUAUAUUACUACAUUGAAUAUUACAUUUAGCUAUACAGUUAAGCAUAGUAAAAGUAUUUCUUCAAUUGCAGGCAUCUAGCUUUUAUUUUGAAUCAUGCUUUUAUUUUGAUGUGAGCUUUUAUUUUGACGCAUGUUUCGACAGAAGCUUCACUUCACCAGAUAAACAAUUCACUACAUGCCCCAGUGAUAUCACUGAAGCACAAAAGCUUUGAAUUUGUGUCAGAUUGAGUCUGUGCACUACCGAUACUACAGAAACACUGGUAUCGUGAUUUUUUUUUUUUUUUUAUCAACUUGGUACUGAAGACAACACUAAAAUGUUGUAUUUGUAUUUUGUAAAAGAUCCUAAAAGGAGUGAUAUGGUGUUUGAAACUUCACCAGUACACAAUUUCUAUCAACCUUAAAGCAUAAUAUAGGAUAUAAUGCUAUUCCAGUAUUCCAAAUGUGUGCGUUUGUUUGCAAAAACCAGUCACGCUUGUAUGUGUGGUUGUUUAUUGUUGAAUAUGGAAAUAACUUUCAACCGGGGGUCCAUAUGGGGGCCUCAGCAAACUUCCAAGGGUUCUCAAGACAUUAAAAAGUUGUUAAAAAGCUGUAAUAUAUUAAUUAAACUUGAUUUUAUCUAAAAAUCAAGAUGGACAACAUAUAAACUGAUAUUAUAUUUCUUAUUUAAUUUAAAAUUAGUUAAAAAUCUAUAAUAUAAUUGUAGGGCGGGGCCGGGUAGUGAUUCUGCCCACCUGGCUCCUAAUCAGGCUAAUUAACCCUUAAGGCUGACCGAAGACGGCAGUGCAAUAGAGAGAGAGAUUUACGGACAGCUGUGUGUGUGUUUGUCUUUUUUGAUUCAGUUUAUAAUUAAAAUAUUAUUUAUAUUUUCAAGCCGGUUCUUGCCUCCUCCUUUCCAUUAAUCCCUUUACAAUAAUAAUUGAAAUUGGACAACAUGUAAACUGAUAUAAUAUUUUUUAUUUUAAUUAAAACACCUGGAGUCGUAAGUUCGAAUCCAGGGCAUGCUGAGUGACUCCAGCCAGGUCUCCUAAGCAACCAAAUUGGCCCGGUUGCUAGGGAGGGUAGAGUCACAUGGGGUAACCUCCUCGUGGUCGGUAUAAUGGGGUUCUCUCUCGAUGGAGGGGGUGGUGAGUUGCGCAUGGAUGCCAAGGAGAAUAGCAUGAAGCCCCACACACGCUAUAUCUCCAUGGUAAUGUUUUCAACAAGCCACACGAUAAGAUGCGCAGACUGACGGUGUCAGACAUGGAGGCAAAUGAGAUUCAUCCUCGAGCAUUGGGAAUUAGGCAUUCCAAAUUGGGAGAAAAUAAAAAAAAUUAACUCCCUUUUAAAAACUGUUUUUA